GACUGCAGGAGGAACAUGGAGAAUCCGGUCAGAACCAGCAGGGAGAACAUGGAACCUCCACACAGAAACAGCCGCUGUGAGAACCACUGGGCGGGUCUGUGGGCUCCUCCGGGGGGCGGUCCGGCCGUAGACCGGGUGGGAGGAGCCGCAGGACGCAGCAGCUCGGAGCUCCGGAGAGAAGACGCGGAUCUCAGGAUGUCGGAGCUGAGCAAAGACCGGGACGGAGGAGGAGGAAAGUCCGGCAACAAGAAGGAGAAGGACCAGAGCUGGAUUCCAAAGAUCAUCAAGAAGAGAGUGUGCACCACCUUUGUUGAAGACUCGUUCAGUAAUGGAGGCUACUGUCAGUGUGGGGGCGUCCGAGACCUUCACGACUCCGUGGCCACCGUGGAUUUCUUCGGAGCCGCGAUCGUCACUCAGUGGGACAGCAGGCAGCAUUCCUCUGAGAGUCCCACCGACGCCUUCGGAGAGCUGGAGUUCGCUGGAGCUGGACGGAGACACAGUAAUUUCCUGCGGCUGUCGUGUGACACACCCCCUCAGAUCGUCUACACCCUGAUGACGACCCACUGGAAUCUGCCUUCACCCAACCUAGUGGUGUCGGUGGUGGGGGGUGAAGGCCACGAGAAGAUCAAGACAUGGGUGAGAGACGUGCUGAGGAACGGGCUGGUCAGAGCUGCUCAGAGCACAGGGGCCUGGAUCCUGACCGGGGGUCUGAGGGAGGGCGUGGCCCGCUGUGUUGGGGAGGCGGUGAGGGACCACGGCGCUGCAGCUCCAGCUCUCUGCCAUAAGAAGGUGAUCGCCGUGGGUUUGGCUCCGUGGGGUUUGGUCCACAACCGGCAGCAGCUGGUCAACGCCCAGGGCAGCUUUCCUGCUCGGUAUUACGUCCAGAACACGUCCCGGGACUCCUGCUGCCUGGACAACAACUGCCAGGCGUUCCUCCUGGUGGACGACGGGAGCGUCGGCCGGCGGGGAGGAGAGAAAGCCUUCAGGGCCAGUCUGGAGGACUACAUCUCCCAUCAGCGCACCGGCAUCUGGGGUAGCGGCAGCAUCGAGAUCCCGGUUCUCUGCAUGCUGAUCUCUGGAGACGCCAGCAUGCUGGAGAGGUUAGACGCCUCCCUGAGGAAAGCUACGCCCUGGUUGGUUCUGGCCGGUUCUGGUCCAGCUGCAGAUCUGAUCAAUGAGCUGCUGGUGGACCUCCCCUCCGUCCCCCUCAGCCCCGCCUCCCCCCCAGCAGAGGGGGAAGUGGCUGAAGGUCCGAGUGCAGAGCUCCGGGACCGGGUCCGAGAGAAGGUCCGGAGACAGUUCCCGUCUGAAGCUAAAGCUGAAGGCGAGCUGGACAGACUGGUGGACAGCGCUCUGAGUAUUUAUCAGAACCGAGAGCUCAUCACAGUUUUUCAUGGAGAACAGGAAGGUUCUGAUGACUUUGAUACGGUUCUCCUCAAAGCCCUGGUCAGAGCCAGUAAACGUGUUUCCAGUGAAGCCAGCGAAUGCACCGAAGAGCUGAAGCUGGCCGUGGCCUGGAACCGAGUGGACAUCGCUAAGACGGAGCUCUUCAAUGGAGACAUCCAGUGGAAGUACGACGACCUGGAAGACUCCAUGACCGACGCCCUCGUCAACGACAAGCCCCAGUUUGUUCGUCUGUUCUGUGAGAACGGUCUGAACAUCCUGGACUACCUGACCUACCAGCGCUUGGAGAGCUUGUACCGCUCACUGGCCGACAGCUCACUGGCCUACAUCCUCCUCCAGAGGCGUCUCAGCGAGAGGCAGAGCCUGGCCGGAUCUCCUCCAAACCCAGAAGGUCCUGGAUCACCGCUGAAGAGUCCGCUGAGCACGCUGACCGGACCUGCUUCAGCCACGGAGCUCAGCCUGUACGAGGUCUCCCGUCUGCUCUGGGACCUCCUGGGUGACGUCUGUCAGCCGUUUUAUUAUGGACCUCUGGAGCUGAAACCCAAAACUAGCACCAGGAAGGCUCUAAAGCAUGUCAACAAGUUGCUGCUUGGGGAGUGUCGGUACCGGAACCAGCGCUGCUCCUCUCCCUGGGAAGCCCUCUUCAUCUGGGCCGUCCUGCAGAACCGCAGUGAAAUGGCAGUUUACUUCUGGGAGAUGGCUGGAGAGUCGGUGCUGAGCGCUCUGGGCGGUUGUAAGAUGCUCAGGGAGCUUUCAAAGCUUGAAAGUGAGACGGAGAACAAACUGGCCAUGAAGGAACUGGCUCAGAAGUUUGAGAACCUGGCACAAGAUGUCUUCAGUGAGUGCUACCAGAACAGCGAGAGUCGCUCCUUCACCCUCCUGAUCAGGAAGUCUCCGGUGUGGGGCGGAGCUACCUGCCUGCAGAUGGCUACGGUGGCCGACGCUCGACUGUUCUUCAGUCACGACGGUGUUCAGUCUCUGCUGUCUCAGAUCUGGUGGGGCGACAUGGAAAGAAGCACUAAAGUCUGGAAACUGGUCCUGACCUUCUUCCUGCCUCCUCUUCUCUACACAAACCUCAUCAGCUUCAGGGAACAAGAGGAGGAGGUGAAGUCUGUGGGGAUCAGAGACACCGACAGUCUGGAUGGGAACGAUGCCAAUGACAACACCGUCGUUUCUCUGGCUGACAUCAUCCAAACGAACGAAGAUGCAGAGGAGUACAGGGCUCUGAAAGAAAACCCAGAAGGUUCUGCUCCAUCCAUCUCCAAAAGAUCGUUUACUGUGUCUCGGUGGAGACAGUUCUGGUUCGCUCCCGUCACCUCAUUCCUCGGCAACGUGCUGAUGUACUUCCUGUUCCUCUGCCUGUUCGCCUACAUUUUGUUGGUGGACUUCAAACCGCCGCCUCCAGACGGUCCCGCCACUCUGGAGUUUGUGCUUUACUUCUGGGUUUUCACUUUAGUCUGUGAGGAGAUCCGGCAGAGCUUCUUUGUGGGCGGCACUUUUGUCCUCCAAAGGAUCAGAAACUAUAUCCAGGAUGUGUGGAACAAGUGUGACCUGACGGCCAUCGCUCUCUUCAUUCUGGCUCUGUGCUGCAGAAUGUUUCCGUUGUCGUAUGAUUUUGGCCGAGCUGUGAUGGCCAUAGAUUAUAUGGUCUUCACGCUACGUCUGAUCCAUAUCUUUGCUAUUCACAAACAGCUUGGACCCAAGAUUAUCAUUGUUGGCAAAAUGGUCAAAGAUGUUUUCUUCUUCCUGUUUUUUCUGGCGGUUUGGCUCAUGGCCUAUGGAGUGGCCAAUCAGGCGCUCCUCUACACAUAUGAUCCUCGCCCUAACUGGAUAUUUCGCAGAGUCUUCUACAGACCAUAUCUGCACAUUUUUGGACAGAUACCCAUUAAUGAAAUGGAUGCUGAUAAAUGGCAGAAGGGAAGCUGUACAAACAACACUGCAGAGAUUGAAGCCGGAGCAGAGCCUUGUCUGAACACCUACGCUAACUGGCUGGUUGUCAUCCUCCUGGUCAUCUACCUGCUGUUCACCAACAUAGUUCUGGUCAACUUGCUCAUUGCCAUGUUCAGCUACACCUUCUCCAAAGUACAGGAGCGCAGCGACACCUACUGGAAGUUUCAGCGCUACAACCUGAUAGUGGAGUACCACUCCCGGCCCUGCCUGGCUCCACCCUUCAUCAUCAUCUCACACCUCCACCUGUUGAUCAAGAGAUACGUCCGCGGCAUCACCUCCGUCAAAGUCCAACACUUUGCUCUGGAGCUACGCAGCAGAAAAGCAAGUCGACUCAACACAUGGGAAGCAAUCCAGAAGGAAAACCUCCUCUCAGCUCAGAACAAGAAGCAGAGGGAAAGCGACACGGCCAGACUCAGACACACUUCAGUCAAGGUGGACAGUGUGUUGAAACAGAUGGCAGAGAUCCGAGACCACGACCGAAGGAUGCGUUUGCUGGAGACGGAGAUGGAGUACUGCUGCAGCACCCUCUCCUGGAUGGCCGACGCUCUGUCUCAGAGCAACCUGAUCAAAGCCAGCCGGCCUCCUCCUCAGCUCAGAGAUCUUCCUCCUCUUUCUCCGAGCUCACAGACGUCAUAGGAAGCCUUCAGAGAUCCCAGCAGCUCAGAUCUCAUCAGAAGCACCGUGUUCCACUGGUGCUGUUAAUGUUUCUCUGAUGUUUUACACUGUUUGUUGUUUAAGGUGUACAUUAAUGAGGACAAAUAACAGUCUGCAAUAGAAGACUUGUACUUUUUAUACCGGGCUUUGCAAAAGUUCUGUUACACUCGGUUUCAUGAUCUUUAGAGACGUUGACAUGUUGGA